AUAUCAAGUCAUUGACAGAGAGACCCAAACCAGGUAUCGAUAUCGCGGACUGAACAACGCAUACCUCUCGCGACACCAUACCUUGUUGAAUUGGACAGUACACCCUCUUCACAGAUACCAUCCUCCACUGGUGUACCUGCGUCAUGGUCACCUCGAAUACUCCCUUCAAGCCGUCACCGUUAUCCUUCGGCUCUCCUCGUACCUCUCCCUUCCGUCGCCCAUCUACGCCCAACUCGCCGCCCACCGGGAUCCGUCCCAGCACCCCAGGGAGCUCCCCGAGUCGAGGAUACACUCCGGUAGUGUCUCCGAGCAAGCUAAAUCAAUCAUAUACUGUGGAGCAUGAAGAUGCUUCGCCUACUAAGCAGGAACGGAUUCCCCAGCCCCGGUUUGCCAGAGAGUCCCCUUCCGCAUCACCGACAAGAGGAGCCUAUUCACCGGAUAAUUCACCGAGGCUAGGUGCCCGGACUAUGGGUAUGACGGCAGGCUCAUCCGAUGCAGCCUCGCAAUUAGCACCGGCGCAACUACGAGAAAUUAGAGAAGCGUUUCAGGUUCUCGACAGGGAUAACGAUGGAUCAGUGGACAAGGAUGAUGUUGCAGAAGUGCUUGUAAACGUUGGUCAAGAUCCAUCUACCUUAUCGGAGUUCUUCCCCCCAGGGAGUCCUCAAACCAUCAACUUCCCUACCUUCCUAAACACCUUGUCCAACCUACUAGCUCCGUUGUCUUCGCGCCAAGAAUUGGUGAAUGCGUUGGCCGCCUUUGAUGAGGACGAUAGCGGCCAGAUUAAUGUGGGGGAACUGCGCGACGCUCUUUUGCACACGGCCCCGGAGGAUGGAGAGCUUCCACUCACCGAUCGAGAGAUUAAUGAAGUAUUGAAUGGGUUCACCGGGCGCAGGGCCUUCGGCGGAAAGAGCAGUAAGGGCCCUGGCGGAGGGAAGAGAGGGGAGGUAUUUAGAUACCCAGAAUUCGUCGAUGGGGUCCUGGGAGGGGCUCAGAAUGGACAAACCAAUGGACGGCAAGAAGCAUGAGGCCCGUAUCGCCGUACGGGGAGUGGGUUUCCGGCGUUAUCGGCGACUAGGGAUUUGAUGUCUAUUGUUAUUGUUUACCUUAACAUAUAGCUCUGGAAGCUGUGUAAUCAUCUAUUUCUAGUAUUCUUAGGUGCUACACUG